CGGUGAGGCGCGCGGGAGGACGGCGCGAGCUCAGCUCCAGCACUGCAGCGCGUCAGAAAUGAAUCGGCUUCUUCUCCUCGUGGUGCUUUUCGACGCGUCGCUGUGGCGAUGCUGCCAUGGCCAGCAGAGAGGACUUUUUCCAGCUGUGUUAAAUCUGGCUACAAUGGCAGAGAUUACAACGAAUGCAACCUGCGGUUCAGGCGGUCCAGAGAUGUUCUGUAAGCUGGUGGAACAUGUACCAGGUCAGCCUGUGAGAAACCCCCAGUGUCGAAUCUGCAACCAGAGGAGUGCAAAUCCAUUCGAACACCAUCCCAUUAAAUAUGCCAUCGAUGGAACCAACCGCUGGUGGCAAAGUCCUUCUAUCAUGAAUGGAAUGAAUUACCACUAUGUGACUAUCACAUUGGACCUGAAACAGGUUUUCCAGGUAGCUUAUGUGAUAAUAAAGGCAGCCAACUCACCUCGUCCAGGUAAUUGGAUCUUGGAGCGUUCAAUCGAUGGCGUGACUUUUGAACCUUGGCAGUACUACGCCAUCACGGACACAGAGUGCCUGACGAGGUUCAACAUAAAUCCACGGACAGGACCUCCGUCCUACACCAGAGAUGACGAAGUCAUCUGCACGUCCUUUUACUCCAAGAUUCAUCCACUGGAGAACGGAGAGAUCCACACGUCUCUGAUCAAUGGUCGGCCCAGUGCAGAGGACCCCUCCCCAACCCUGCUCCACUUCACCUCUGCCCGCUACAUCAGGUUGGUGCUCCAGCGUAUACGAACACUGAACGCCGACCUCAUGACUCUGACCCUCAGCGACCCCAAAGAUAUUGAUCCCAUUGUGACACGAAGGUACUAUUAUUCCAUUAAAGACAUCUCAGUUGGAGGGAUGUGCAUCUGUUAUGGCCACGCCAAAGCCUGUCCACUCAACACUGCAACAAAGAAGUUUAACUGUGAAUGUGAACACAACACAUGUGGGGAGAGCUGUGAUCACUGCUGCCCAGGUUACAACCAGCAGCCCUGGAUGGCAGGAACCUUCCUCACUCGACACAUCUGCGAAAAGUGUAACUGCCACGGCAAGGCAGAGGAGUGCUACUUCAAUCAGACUGUAGCUGAUUUGUCCCUCAGUCUGGACGCUCACGGUCAGUACAAAGGGGGCGGAGUCUGUAUUGGCUGCCGUGACAACACAGCUGGAAUCAACUGUCAGAGUUGUGUUCCUGGUUACUACAGACCUGCAGAGGUGAGAGCAGAAGACAACAACGCUUGCGUCCAAUGCUCGUGUGACCCCCAUGGUUCUAUCAGCCAAUCCUGCGUGGCAGAUCCAAACCAAGCUACGCCAAGUCAGCCAGCGGGGUCAUGCUGGUGUAAAGAAGGUUUUGGGGGUCUGCGAUGUGACAGGAGAGCACUCUGACUGGCUGGCACCUUGUUGGACAGACGGGGGGGACGGUGUGGCCCAUCCACAGAGACACGCCGGCCUAUCUCAGCGUCAGACACUCUGAUGUCGUGCAUCAGCUCGGCUCCGCCUACUACUGGAACGCACCUGCUUUAUACCUGGGAAACAAGCUGGCAGCCUAUGGAGGGAGCAUGGACUUCACUGUGUCUUACACCACAGAUCAACAAGAGCAAACGGCUGUCAGGGUCACCUCAGAGCCGGACCUUAUCAUAGAGGGAGGAGGGCUGAAGAUGGUUGACAGAAGGUUUGGCCAGCCCGUGUACCCUGCUUCCCCCAUCACCAAACGCAUCGUCCUCCUUCCAGAGAGCUUCCUGCUGUCAGAGACGAGCCAGCCAAUCAGCAGGAGGGACUUCCUGUCCGUGCUGGUCAACGUGACGAGUGUGAUGGUGCGGGCCUCGUACAGCACAGACACCAGCGCCGUGUACAGGCUCCAUUCAUUCUUAAUGCAGGUGGCAAAUCCUUACGCUAAAGGAGAGCGAGCGUCGGCUGUAGAAAUGUGCACCUGUCCUCCUGGAUAUGCUGGAUUAUCCUGUGAGGUUUGUGUCGCGGGCUAUCGGAGAGUCAACGGACAUUUGUACAACGGCGUGUGUGAACCCUGUCGCUGUCAUGGACACAGCAGGCAGUGCCACGAGAUGACAGGCCACUGCCUGGACUGCUCCCACAACACGGCGGGUCAUUACUGUGACACCUGCCUGCCUGGUUCCUAUGGGAAUGCCACCCGUGGGUCACCGGAGGACUGUCAGCCAUGUGCCUGCCCACUCAACAUUCCCAGCAACAACUUCAGCCCUACCUGCCACCUAGGUGAAGAAGGGGAGGUGCUCUGUGACCAGUGUCAGCCCGGCUACACCGGACCCCGAUGUGACAGAUGUUCCAAUGGAUACUACGGCCAGCCCGGUGUACCAGGGGGGUCCUGUCAGCCCUGCGACUGCAAUGACAACCUGGAUCUAUCCACACCUGGAAGCUGUGAUCCAAUCACAGGCCAGUGUCUGCGGUGUCGCCAGGGUUACAGUGGAGCGACGUGUGAAAGCUGCGCUGAAGGUUUUUAUGGAGAUGCUGUCACAGCAAAAAACUGCCAACCCUGCCACUGCAACACCAAUGGUUCUGUGUCUGAGCUUUGCAACAAGGACAGCGGUCAGUGCCCGUGCAGAGAGAACGUGGUUGGGCGACAGUGCGAUGAGUGCGUGCCUAACUGCUGGUGGGAUGCAGAGCGGGAGGAGUGCAUGCCGUGUCGCUGCAGCUCCUACGGCUCCAUGUCUCAGCGCUGCGACAUCGAGGGGCGCUGCAUCUGUCGGCCCGGCUUCGUGGGUCGGCGCUGUGACCUGCGUCGCCUGAGCUAUGAAAGGCGGGAGACGCGGCGGCCCGUAGAGCGGGUUCCCAUUGAAGCUGCGCAGCAGAGAUGGGGGGGCACCUCCCGUACCGGGGGUUGCCCCAGGGGAGCGUACAGGCCUCAGGCGGGGCCUCUGACUCACGGCAUCACUACAGGUGGAGUGUGUGUCCCGUGUCACUGCAGCUCGUUUGGUUCCAAGUCAUUUGACUGCGAUGAAUUGGGUCAGUGUCGAUGUCAGCCGGGUGUCACCGGACCCAAAUGUGACCGAUGCUCGAGAGGAUUCUUCAACUUCCAGGAGGGCGGGUGCACACCUUGUCAGUGCAGUCAUGUGGGGAAUAACUGUGAUGCAAACACAGGUCAGUGUAUCUGUCCUCCUCACACCAUCGGAGAGAGGUGCGAUCGUUGUGCUCCCAAUUACUGGGGCCACGAUAUCGUCACUGGAUGCAAGGAGUGCGGCUGCAACGUGAUUGGCUCGGUGACCCAGCAGUGCAACGUGAACACCGGCUGCUGCUUCUGCCGCGAUUCCUUCAGAGGCGAGAAGUGUGACGAGUGUCAGAUCGGAUACAGAGACUUUCCUCAGUGCAUCCAGUGUGAGUGUGACGCUGCAGGAUCAGACAGCCAGACCUGCGACCUGGAGAGAAAAAUGUGUGCCUGCGCAGAUCACACGGGCAAAUGUAGCUGCAAGCAAAACGUGGAAGGACACAACUGUGAUCGCUGUAAAUUACAGACAUUUGGAUUAUCUGUGAAGAAUCCACUCGGCUGCAGCAAAUGUUACUGUUAUGGACUAACUCAGUCCUGCACAGAGGCACAAGGACUUGUACAGAUGAGGUUAACUCUGAGGCCAGAGCAGACCGUUCUCCCGUUGGUGGACAAGUCCAACAGCAUCGAGAGGAGGACAGGAGUCAGCUUCCACCACCCUGAGAUCCUGGCCUACGCUGAUCUGGUCUCAACAACUCUGUCUGAACCCUACUACUGGAAACUACCAGAGCAGUUCACAGGCUCCAUGAUCACAGCUUAUGGUGGGCAGCUGAAAUAUGCAGUUUACUUUGAAGCCAGAGAUGAAAUCGGUCCUUCCUCCUACGAGCCUCAGGUUAUUAUUAAGGGCGGUCCAAACCACAACGUGGUGAUGACACGCCACAUUCCAGGCCUUCAGAUUGGACAGCUCACCCGUCAUGAGAUCGACAUGACAGAGCAUGAGUGGAAGUACGCAGAUGGUCGAGCUCUGACUCGAGAGGACUUCAUGGACAUUUUGUUCUAUGUGGACUACAUUCUAAUCAGGGCAUCACAUGGCAACUCGAUGAGACAAAGCCGUAUUUCAGAGAUCAGUUUAACUGUGGCAGAAGCAGGAACUCCAGGGGAAGAAAAUGAGAAAGCCUAUCAGAUAGAACAAUGUGAGUGUCCUGCUGGAUACUCUGGACUCUCCUGUGAGGAGUGUGCUGCGGGUUUCUACCGUCUCCGUUCUGGGUCGCACAUAUCUGUUCCUGCGUCCAGAGUGCCCACCGCUGUGGGCAUGGGCAGCUGUGUCCAGUGUCAGUGCAGUGGGCACUCCUCCACCUGUGACCCUGAGACAUCCAUAUGCCAGAAAUGUCAAGACAACACAGAGGGGGAUCACUGUGAACUCUGUGCUCCUGGAUUCUACGGGGUGGUCCGAGGUUUUUCUGAUGACUGUAAACCCUGCGCCUGCCCUCUUACCAACCCAGACAACAAUUUUAGCCCAACAUGUGUAGCAGAGGGAUUCGAUGACUAUCGCUGUACUGCCUGUCCUGAAGGAUAUGAAGGAAAAUACUGUGAAAGGUGCGCCUCUGGUUAUCAUGGCAGCCCCAGGACGCCAGGCGGCCGCUGCGAGGAGUGUAAGUGUUUCUCGUGGGGGGCGCUGCCUGGACCGUGUGACCCUGUGACGGGCCAGUGCCGUUGCAGGGUUGGGGCCUCGGGGAUUUCGUGUGACCAGUGCAUGGAGAGGCAUGUGUGUGGACCAUCUGGGAUCAUCUCGUGUGAUGAUGAGUGUUCAGGUCUGUUGAUAAGUGAUAUGGACCGUCUGUAUCGCAUCAUCACUGAUGUCACCCUGACCACACCCCUGCCACCACCUUAUAAGGUUUUAUACCGCUUUGAGAACAUGACAGAGGAGCUGAAGCACAUGUUGUCGCCUCAGAAAGCUCCAGAGAGAUUACUGCAGCUGGCCGACUCCAACCUGGGAUCACUGGUCACUGAGAUGGACCAGCUCCACAGCAGGGCCACGAAGGUGUCUGCUGACGGAGAGCAGGUGGAGGAUGAUGCUGACAGGAUCCACAAACGAGCUGAAGACCUGGAGCAGUUUAUCAAGGACACGCUGCUGGGAGCCAAAGACCUUCAAUCCAAGGCUGCCGAGUUGAACCAGACCCUCUCCCGGAAAGAUGGAGCUCCAGACAGAAGCCUGAGCGAGAUGAAGGAGGACGUCCAGGCCAUGCUCGCCGAGAUGAGGAAACGACAGCUGGGAGGGAAGAAAAGCAUCGCAGAAGAGGAGGAAGAUCUGGCAGAGGAGUUGUUCCAGAAAGUCAAACGGAUGUUUGGGAACCCCCAUCAGGCCACAGAAGACUUGAAAUCAGAGAUUAAAGACAAGCUGUCGGAUCACGAGGGGAAGCUCCAGGAGGCUCAGGAUUUGCUUCGCUCUGCCAAGGGAAGAACCAAGCAGGCCGGAGCGCUGUCUGAACAGAACCGAGCCAACCUCACGCUCCUGGAGAGGAAGCGGGCUGCAGUCAGCGCGGUGAAACAGGAAGCACAGAAGGUCCUCGGAGAAGGAGAAACUCUUCUGGAGGAGGCAAACCAACUUUCUGACAACGUCAACAAGGAGCUGGAGCAUCCUGGCUGAAGCUAAAAACCUCUCCUUCAAUGCAACAGCUGCCGUCCAUGCCUACAGCAACAUUAAAGCCAACAUCGAUGCAGCAGAGAAGGAGGCGAAGGCGGCCAAACAGAGAGCAAGUGAGGCGCUGGCUCUGGCUCAAGGACCAGAUGUUCCAGUGAAAGAUGCAGCUCAAAACGCCCUUCAGAAGAGUCAAACACUGCUGAACAAGGCCAAACAACUGCAGAAUGAUGUCAAAGAUCAUGCAGACAGUGUGGCCGGCUUGAAGAGCAGAGUUAAAGCAGCGAGAGACAAAAACAAAGACCUUCUCAAAGCUGUUAAUGGAAGCAUGACGACACUCAACGCCAUUCCCAACGAUACGUCUGCUAAACUAGCAGCUACGAAGGCCGUAGCAGCUGAGGCCAACGCCACCGCCAUCGAUGUCCUCAAGCGUCUCGGAGACUUGAACCUGCAGAUCGGAGGUCUGCAGCAGAACUACAGCAAGCUGGAGGAUACGGUCCAAUCAGCCAAUCAGAUGAUCCAGGACCCAGAGAAGAACACAAUCAUUCAUGCAGCAGGGGCUAAAGUGAAGGCGUUGGAGGAUGAAGCUGACAGACUUCUGGAGAAGCUGCAGCCAAUCAAAAAGCUGCAGGACAAUUUGAGACGCAACAUUUCACAGAUCAAAGAGCUGAUCAACCAGGCCCGGAAACAAGCUAAUUCAAUCAAAGUAUCCGUGUCGUCAGGUGGUGAAUGUCUCCGUAGUUAUCGUCCUGAUAUCAGAAAAGGCAGAUAUAACACCAUCAUCCUCCAUGUUAAAACCACCACACCUGAUAACCUCCUCUUUUACCUGGGCUCGGUUAAAUAUGUUGAUUUCCUGGCCUUGGAGAUGAGGAAAGGAAAAGUGAGUUUCCUUUGGGAUGUGGGAUCAGGUGUGGGGAGAGUUGAAUAUCCCCAUCUCUCCAUCCAUGAUGGGAACUGGCACCGGAUAGAAGCGUCUCGUAACGGUCUGAAUGGGACCAUAUCAGUGUACCCUCUGGAAGGCUCUAAAGCUGGCAUGAUGCCAACCUCACCAAGCGCCAACUCACCCGCAGCGUUCACCAUCCUGGACGUUGACCAGAACGCCUACCUGUUUGUAGGAGGAAUAUUCGGCACUGUCAAGAAAGCAGAAGCAGUAAGAACAUCAACGUUCUCAGGCUGCAUGGGCGAGACCUUCCUGGAUGGUAAACCUAUCGGUCUGUGGAACUACAGACAGAGAGAGGGAGACUGUAAGGGUUGUGUUGUCAGUCCUCAACGUUCUGUGGGCGAGGGGACGGUUCAGCUGGAUGGUGAAGGCUACGCCGCAGUGGGAAGGCCCACCAGGUGGAACCCAAAUGUUUCCACGAUCACCUUCAAGUUCCGCACGUUCUCCUCCGAGGCUCUGCUCAUGUACCUGGCCACAGAAGACUUGAAGGACUUCAUGGCCCUGGAGCUGUUUGAGGGAAAGGUGAAGAUGAAUUUUGACCUGGGGUCAGGAGUCGGCACGGCCAUAUCCACUAACCGCCACAAUGAUGGACGCUGGAAAGCCCUCACCAUGUCACGGAACAAGAAACAUGCCACCGUGAUCAUUGUGGACAUCGACAGCAGUGCAGAAGAAAGGAUUACAGCCACUUCUCAGGGUUCAGCUACCGGUCUGAAUCUCAGGGAAAACCAGAAAAUUUAUUUUGGUGGGCUGCCAACGAUUGGAAACUACAGGUCGGAGGUGUCACUGAAGAGGUACGCAGGUUGUCUCAGAGAUAUCGAAGUCUCCAGAACGCCGUACGAUCUUCUCAGCAGCUCGGAUUAUACAGGGGUCACUAAAGGAUGUGAUGUAGAGAACCUGCACACGGUCAGCUUCACUAAACCAGGAUACAUGGAGCUGGGCGGCUUCUCACUUGGAGUGGACACAGAGAUCAGCUUGUCUUUCAGCACUCUGCAGGACACCGGGACCAUCCUCCUGGCAGUGGGCGGAGCUUCACCAAUCAACCAAGAGCCUCGCAAGUCAAACACUAAGAGGAGACGGAGACAGUCAGGAGAGCCCUACCUGUCAGUAAUGCUGAACAAAGGAACCCUGGAGGUGCUGAUGUUUACCGGGAGCCACAGUCCACGUCGGGUCAUCAGACGACCCGAGCCAGGCGUACUAAACGACGGCAGAGAACAUUUACUGCGCAUCGAGCGGCUGCCGGGCAGAUUCUUUACAGUUCAGGUUGACGAGGAGCCCAAGAGGGAGGCGGCCCUCCCUAAUGACCAGCCAAUGAGCUUGCGGCGCGUCUUCCUCGGUGGUAUUCCUGCUGAGGUUGAGCGGACGUCCAACAGAGCCAACGUCCCUUUUCAGGGCUGCAUAUGGAACCUGAUGGUUAACGCUGUAUUAUCAGAUUUCUCCCAGCCUGUUUCUUUUGAAAAUGCUGAGAUUGGCCGGUGCCCCAGCCUCGCUCCACCUGCACCUCCUCUGCCAGAAGAGGAGGGGCCUGAGAAGGAGAUCAAAUCAGCCACCCCGACACCCGGCACACCACCUCCCGGUCUUCCUGCUGAGGCCACGCCCCCUGGCCCACCUGCCGCCACACCCACUUCACCUGCUCCUGUAGGACCGCCCACUCCUAAAGUGGAUCCCACCCCAGACUUGGACUCGUGUGCCUCAGCUGUGGCCCCGACAGCGCUGGAGGAGGCAUACCAGUUUGGACUGUCCCGAAACAGUCACAUGACCUUCGCCUUUGAUGACACUAAAGUCAGAGAGAGGCUGAUUCUGGACUUCGAGUUGAGGACGAAGGAGCAGUCCGGUCUCGUCCUGUACACGGCCAGAAUCAACCACGCCGACUUUGUUUCCAUCCAGAUUAAGAACGGACAGGUUUGUCUCGGUUACGAUCUCGGCCAUGGAAACAUCUCUGACUGUGUUCCUUUAUCCAUCAAUGAUGGCAACUGGCACAAGAUCCGUGUGAACCGUGACAAGCAGCAAGCUUUCCUCAUCGUUGAUGGGCGAUACAGCAAGAAGAUGAACAGCCCAAAGAAGGCGGACCUGUUGGAUGUGGUGGGCCUGCUGUAUGUUGGUGGAUUACCACACAACUACACGACCAAGAGAAUUGGACCGAUUCUCCACAGCAUCAACGGCUGCGUACGGAACUUGAAGAUGGCAGGAAGUCCUGUCAGCAUCAAAUCAGCUUCCACAGGUCGCUCUGAACUGGAGGACUUUAAGCUGAGCAUGGCCACGCCCACCUCCAGUCACAUGGUCGGCAGGUGUUUUGUUGCUACUGAAGCAGGGACGUAUUUUGAUGGAACUGGGUAUUUGGAAGCAGUUUCCUCCUAUCGGGUGGGCUUGGACGUGUCCAUAGAGUUCGAGUUUCGCACCAGCAGAACUAACGGAGUGCUGCUGACCGUCAGCAGCUCAGCCAAUCAUGGACUGGGUCUGGAGAUCGUCGAGGGAAAGCUGCUGUUCCACGUGGACAAUGGAGCUGGUGGGAUCACAGCGGAGCAUGUUCCUGGUGGAGGGGGGUUCUGUGAUGGACAGUGGCACUCAGUCACUGCCAACAAGCUGCGCCACCGGCUGGAGCUGCUGGUGGACGGGAAGCUGAGCCAAGCCCAGUCUCCCAAUCCACGCUCCAACGCCUGCAACACUAAUGAUCCCAUCUACGUGGGAGGAUAUCCAGCUGGGGUUCGACAGGCAGCUCUGUCCAGCAGCAGAUCCUUCAGAGGCUGUAUGAAGAACCUGAAGAUCACCAAGGCCUCUAAGACCUGGGCUGUGCAGUUCAACAAGGCCGUCAGGAUUAAAGGAGUACAGCCUCUCUCCUGCCCAGCUGCAUAACAGCACCACCUAACCAGCCGUGUCCUGGAAAACAAGGAGUUUAAUGCAUUUUAACAAAGCGAAGCCCAAAACAGUUAUCUUUUUAUCACUCAUUGGUCUAAAGUGGUUAAAAAAACAGUUUCUCAGCUGUGAUCACUCCCAGAAAAACCCUCCUGUUGAAGGUUUUAACUUAAAUACAUAAAAAAAACACUUGAAAUGUUCUCUUUACUCCAACACUGUUUUAUCUGUAAAAUCAUCUAAUCAGAAUUCGUUCAAUAAAUGUGUAAUGGCUUCAGCAUUUCCUCCUUCCUUCCACCUGUUGGACCCACCGGAGAUGAUCAGUUAUGGCAACACAUUUUACCAAAAUGUCCUGUUUCACUAAGCAACAUUAUUCUGUCCUUAAUAACUGAAGAUGUUUUGGAGUACUGACUGGUUUUACUUGUUGCUCCCUGCACCUGUGAUUUGUGUCCACUAGAGGGCAGUGUUGACCUGCUCCAACAGCAGAUCAGAGUCUGAUGAGUGAAGCUAUAAACACCAGUACUUACCCAGAACUCCUGCAGCCGUUGUAAGUCCUGGCAGAAUUAAACCUCCAUGUUUGGGUGAAACAAAAA